AUGGCCAUUCCGAUUCAACUGAAUCGGCCGGAUCUCAGCACUAGCGAUGCGCCCUGCGAUAAUCCAACCUACUCGUUCAAAAUACUUUACAAGACUGACGUUUCACCAUCAUCAUCAUCAUCAUCAUCAUCAUCAUCAUCAUCAUCAUCAUCAUCAUCAUCAUCAUCAUCAUCAUCAUCAUCAUCAUCAUCAUCAUCAUCAUCAUCAUCAUCAUCAUCAUCAUCAUCAUCAUCAUCAUCAUCAUCAUCAUCAUCAUCAUCAUCAUCAUCAUCAUCAUCAUCAUCAUCAUCAUCAUCAUCAUCAUCAUCAUCAUCAUCAUCAUCAUCAUCAUCAUCAUCAUCAUCAUCAUCAUCAUCAUCAUCAUCAUCAUCAUCAUCAUCAUCAUCAUCAUCAUCAUCAUCAUCAUCAUCAUCAUCAUCAUCAUCAUCAUCAUCAUCAUCAUCAUCAUCAUCAUCAUCAUCAUCAUCAUCAUCAUCAUCAUCAUCAUCAUCAUCAUCAUCAUCAUCAUCAUCAUCAUCAUCAUCAUCAUCAUCAUCAUCAUCAUCAUCAUCAUCAUCAUCAUCAUCAUCAUCA